GAGUACUCAAUCCGUCCACAACGAGAAUAACCUAUGUAGUGACGAGUCAAAUCAAAAUGUUCGAACCAUCACUCAAAUGUUAGAGGCAAUUCAGCACAUGGCGCCACCACAAUACACUGUGGAAAAGUUGAAGAGGAACGGAGGCGGGGAGUUCUUGGCAGACGAGAUAAAGAAUCCAGAAGAGUAUGUUCCGGAUAGAUAUAGGGAAUUGAAGUGCAAACAAUUCACGGAACUAAAGCAGAAUGGACGACCUCUAAUUGAAUGCCGGCAAGAAUAUGAUCACUUGGAAGAAUAUGCAAUAGAUCUGGUAAACAACACAGUGAGAAGGUGUGAAAAGUUUGUUGAAGGCCUAGAUCACGAUUUGGGACUAGCUAUGGUUAUAGUCGACUAUACCACUUUCAACGCAGUUUAUGCAAAGGUGGAACGAGCUGAAGAAAGGAUUGCAGCAAAGAGAGUCUUAGAUAAGAAGGUAGCCUCUGGAACAUCAUAUGAAUCCAUUUCGCCUCCUACAUCAUCUGAGGAAGGAAAUUUUUCUAGAAACAUAGACUUUCCACAAAAUUAAAAGACCAAGACCACAUCUAGUGUUGGAAUUAGUAGUCCAUCUUAUACUUAUCCACUAUGCCCUCAUUGUCAUCGUCAUCACCCUAAAGAAUGUUGGAGCUUUAAACUAAGUCUAGGGUAAGAACUACCAUAGCUAUUAAGCUUGAACAACAUCAAAUUAACUGAGAAGAAGUUUGCUAGAGUCCGUCAACAUACCACGAACUACUGUCCAUUGGGGGUCUUUCCUCCAUUGAACCAAGGUACACAAACAGAAUAGUGACUGAACCGGAGGACAAUGCUAAGGCGAUGGAAGGAUGGACGAGAUAACAUAAACAAAGAUAAUAACAAUAAAGAUGUUAU